CUGGAACAUUGUGGUGGGAGAUUCAUGUUUAUAUUUCUCACUAGAGCCUAGUUUAUCGAUGGAAUUCUAUCUCAUAAUAAACAGACAGAUUUUAGGAAUAAAAGUAUUAUCUCGCGGAACAAUUUGAUGAUUGUAUCUUUACCAUCCAUGUAAUGUGAAAGGAACUAAAUGCAUUAUUACAACUAUAAGUGUUUAGUAACAUGGAUAUGUUAUCCAACUUUAUAUUUUCUACCAAGAUUCUUUCUCAUUUAUUUUGUCCGUACUCCCUUUUUGUGUCCGUACAGCUACUACACCACUUACCAUGUUCCUUAACUCUGAUGUUUGACUUUCCCGUCAAACCAUCCUCCAUUCAUCUUUUACCCUUAGUGGUUUCAAAUUUGCUCAUCCAAUAUUCAUGAGAUGAUAUGUUUGCCUCUGUUAAAGAUGAUAAUGCAAUGUGAGUUUCCUGAUAAUCUAUGUCAAAGUUAGUUUAUGAACAUAACAGAUCACAUAUUUUAUAUUAAGUUUACCUUAUUCUUUUACUGACUGGAUCACCUUCUGUAUCCUUUUGUGCUCCAGUCUAUAAAAUCAUGCAUCCUUUGUAUCAUUUUGUGCUUCAUUCUUCAUAAUCAUAUAUAUAGUAUCAUUUACAUUUAGACCUCUAUGCAGUGCCCUGAACGAUUAAAUUAUAAUCUGGGAGCUUAGAUGCCUGCUACAGAGCUCUGCUCUAGUGGAACUCUUGAUGCAAUGAAAUCAGACGAGGGGAAUGAUUCCCUAGACACUUUCAUCAGACAAGCCAUUGGAAAGGAGCCUCUUAUCCCUUUUCCAAGAGCAGCAGAUAGUUCUAUGCAGUGGAUCCAGUUGCUUAAUGCCCUAGAUCAGCCAGAUCUCCCUGGUUGGCCAUUGAUGACUCCUGUCAAACCUCAGAUGCAAAAGUGCGGGAAGUGUUCCCGGGAGUUCUGUUCCCCAAUUAAUUACAGAAGGCACGUCCGGGAGCAUCGCAGAUCUCUAAAUGUCCACAAGGAUUCUCACAAGAAUAGGGAUUUGUUAGCUGCCUUUUGGGAUAAGAUUUCGUUGGAGCAGGCCAAAGAAGUAGUAUUAUUUGAUGAUGUGAUGCUUAAGGAUAUUCCUGGAUCUUCGAUUAUAAGGGCUUUGGCGUCCUCUGUCCGCAAACCAGGCAUUUGGACUCUUCCGCCUAUCUAUGUUAGGGCGGGCACAAAUCUGUUGGAUAUUAUUCAAGCUAAGCCCGUGGGGGUGGGACUACCAAUAUCCUCAGGGGAAUUAUUUAGCAUCCUUGACGAUGCUAGUGAGAAGACAUUUCUAUGUGGUGGGACAGCUGAAUCUGUGCUGAAGUUUGUAUUUGAUGGAGAAACUGCUAAAAAUUGUCUCGAGUUGAAGAACCUAGUUGCUUGUACUAGCUUCCUCUUUGAACAGCAACUGGUGAAAGCUUGGAUUGCCUACAAAGAUGCGGAGGCAUUGAGGUGUCAGAAACUGCUUGUGGAGGAAGAAGAAGCUGCACAGAAGAGGCAAGCUGCGCUUUUGGAGAAGAAGAAACAGAAAAAGCUUCGCCAGAAGGCGAAGGAACAACUUAACGGGUCCAGCCAAAAUGUGGAUAUCGAUGUCGAUGUGGUCGACAUUGCAGAUGAAGCAUCUGGGCCUUCAUCCCCAUCUGAUACAAAUUCAAAUUCUCCACCAGAUUUGCCUGCAAACCCAGAUAAUUCUGGCCUAGAAUCCACUCAGUCCCAAACCAAAGAAUUAAAUGAAGAAAAUACUGAGCCACAGUUUGUAAAUAACAAUCACAGUGAAGAUUCUCAAACAAUCAAAGCGGGCCCGGAUGACACUCGUCACUCAUCCACCAAACCUUGGCAGGCCUCAAAAUCUCUACGUGGCAGCCGGUUCGUAUUGAAUCCUCAACCUCUUAAAUCCGAACCUAUGCAUAAAUUCGGCCAGUCCAGGGAUAGGAGCCUACAGAACGGGACCAAAAUCUGGACUAAGAAACUUAAAGUCAAUGCUGAUGUGGAAAACCCAGAGCCUCCAGUUUCUCAGGAAGAAAAUAAUUGUGAGGUGAUUAUCGGGUCUAUAGCUGUGACCCUCAAAACUACUCCUGUUGCUCAGCCGCAGAAUGAUAAUCACUCGAAUAAAGUUUUGGAUAAAUCCUGUAAUGAGCAUGCUGUUCUUCCUAAGAAAAAUGUUCCAGAAAAAUUGACGAAAGCCAAUCAUGUCCAGCCUGGAAAUAAUCGCAAGCAUUGGAGGCCCGUGCGCCAUGGUGAAACUGAAAAUAACCCAUCUUUGAAUAGGGGCAACGAGGAUACUAAGGUUGCUGGCCAGGUUUUGUCUGGCGAGAGGUCUGUGCCGUCACAUCUGAUGGACAAUGAUUUUGAGAACGGGAAAAAGCUAUUCCGUGAAGUUUCAAGUGAAGGCUAUGCUUGUCAAGGCCCUAUGCCAUUCUCAACUGCUGCUGCUAGAGAGUUUCUCGCUCAGAGGUGGAAGGAGGCUAUCUCAUCUGAUCACGUGGUAUUAGAGCUCUCAGAGCCCAAACCUCCCGAACCCUCUGAUGUUCAACAUGAGUCCUCCACAACAACAGUUCCCGAUGCAUCACAUCCUCCCGUGAAUCAACUCGACACAAAUAUUAAAGCAAAGUCGAGUAAAAAGAGGGGGAAGGGUGGGAAAACCAGAUACAUAGUCAAACAGAAAGCCGAUGCCUAGUAUAAAUAAAUAAUUGUGAGUAAUGCAUAAAGUCUUUUAGCACAUGACAUUUGGUUAUAGUUUUACCGGUGGACUGCUGUAGGAAACAUUGGAGGUGAAGGUUUUUUUUUAAUUCUCUUGGGCAAGUGGGUUUUUAUUACUUUUAGCAGG